UUCAUGUUCAUCAUUUUGUCUCUAAAAGCUAAACUGGAAUUAAAAUAUCUGUAUCCUUUUCUUCACAAGUUAUCGUAAAUGAAAAUCGUAAGAGACUCUAAACAGCAUGUAUUCCUUGCCUGAUGUAACAGUCUGGUGCAUUUUUCUCCUGUCAAUUUUCUGAACUGACAAAUCCAAUUGAUGACUCUUCUUUUGAAGUUUUACUCUGCUUAAAACAGACCGGCAAUUUUAGCAGGUACAUAGAAUGGGAACAUGUAAAAUCAGAGGCAUAUAUUUAAGGACAAGGUAUUGUUCUUCAAGAGAUAGUUUGACUGUUGACCAUGUCCUGCCAAUUUCUCGGGGUGGACUAUGGAACUGGGAAAAUCUGGUUACAGCUUGUGCGAAGUGCAAUUCAAGGAAAGGUCAGAAGACUUUGGAGGAGGCAAACAUGAAGCUGAACAAGGUCCCUAAGGCCCCAAAAGAAUAUGACAUACUUGCGAUACCUUUGACAACUGCUGCUAUAAAAAUGCUGAGGAUGAGAGAUGGGACACCAGAUGAGUGGCGUCAAUACCUAGCGAAGCCAACUUCAGAGCCAUGACGUCAAUGAUGGCUGUAAUGUGCAUAUCUAUACUCUGUACAUAUUGGACACAGCCUGACCUAAAAGUGCCUAAAUUCUUCUAGCUAGUCUUCUGGAUGCAUAUACAGUUCAUGUAUAGUUACCGAAGCUCAAAAUGUUGUAAUUUCAUCCCAUUGUAUAUUUACUGAAGCACAAGAUGUUGAACUGUAAUCUCAUUAAACCUUUACUUUGUACCU